AGUAGGGUAGCCGUGCCGAUUGGCUGCUCAUAGACAUACAGCCAGGGCUAGAAACACAACCAGGGGCAGGUCGACAGCAAGGAAACAAGAAUCAUCCCAUCCACCUCAAUUGAAAAAAAGUAGAGCCGGCGUGACGAAACGUCGAGGUAACGUGUCGCCUGAAUGUGGCGAUCGAGGACGGAUUUCUCUCCUCUGUGUGUGCAAUGGAUGUGUUUUGUGUGUGUAUGAGAGAGUGAGAGUGAGUGUGUUUUAUUUAUUCAGAAAGGGGCCGCUGGUACAGUGCUCGCGCUAGCCUGAAGUGGCAGGCACAGGAAUAUGAGGAGGCUCAGGUUCUUGGCCUAGCGUUGCCGCUGCUGCCGCUGCUGGGAUUUGUUGAUCCACUUUCACAAUUGAGGAAAAAAGGCCGUUUCUCGAGCGAAAUCGGGCUCUUUGCAGCAACGAUGAGCACGAGCGGUUCGUGAAUGAAACAUGGCAGUAUGAGCUGCCUCACAGCCAUCUUGGAGGAAUGCAGCAGCAAACAGAUGCACAGGUCCACAACAGCCCAAAGGAACUGACAAUCCUGUCUCAUCACAUGGGAAACAUUGCCCACCAGAGGCAUGGACACCGGCCUUCUGCUCUACAUCCACUUAUCAGCAGAAAAUUAAGGACCACUGCCUACCUUACAGUCCCCUGAGAAGACUCCAGUGCCUGACCUUUGUGGAGAACUGCCCACUGAGUUUGUAGACUAGGAUCUACAGAGUCCAUAGUAAUGGUUUUCACGUGACUCGCUUGGGUUUUCCUACUUUGCCAGUGGAAUCCAGUUAACAACACUACUUCUUUCUCAGAAUCACAAAAAAUGGACACAGCUUUGCCUGAUGCUACAACUGACAACAACAACUGCAUGUCCCCUCCCAGUCCUGCCUUCAGUCUUGAUUCAUCCAGUCCAUUUGAAAAUGGCCUACACUUUGAGUCCAUUUUGUUUGAGGAUGAAGAGGAGGAAGAUGAUUUCGAUACAGAGACAAGGUCUUUGUUGGAAAAGCCUUGUAGCAGCCCUAAAAAUGACUUCCUCAACAAUACAAACUCAAAGAUUAAAUUCACGAUUGAGCCCUGUCUAUCCAAAGGCAAAACUCCAAAGGCCUGUACAUCAGCGGCACAAGACGACAACUUUGUGAAUGAGUCAGGGGCUGACUGCAGUCCAGCUUCUCUGCAGAUCAGCUGUCCAAAGACAAAACCUCUUCCAACAGUGAAGUACUUAGAAGGUGAAGUUAUAUGGGCCAAGUUUAACCGUAGACCAUGGUGGCCAUGCCGGGUGAUAGUUGAUCCAGCGUUGGGAACUUAUCACAGAAUAAAAGAACUAAGUGAUAAAUCUUCCUGUCAGUAUUACAUCAAGCCAUUUGGAGAACCUGAAGAAGUGACCUGGGUCUCUGAGAAAGCCACUCACAUAUUUGUAGGUGGAUAUCAGUUUCACAGUCUCCCUGGUCCAAAGAGAGGAGGAAGGCAACAAGAUGAAAACUGCAGAUACUCUGUACCCAAGAAGUUUCAGAGUUCUUGGAGUGCUAGUGUGGCAGAAGCAGAGGCAUUUUUCUUGGAGAAGCCCAGGAUGACCAGCCCAACUUUGGAUUUCUCAGAAAAAAGCUCAGCUGAUAGAACUGGAAGUGACCAUGAAAGUAAGGCAUUCAUCACACAGUUGCCUAUGGGAACCCUUGAAAGUGGUCAUCUACACAAUGGGAAGAUCAUCAAUAAAGAACCGAAUGUGUUGCCUAAAUCUAAAUGCAAGAAAAAGCAAAGAAAAUCAUCAACAGCACGCUUUAGUAAAUUGGAAGAAUUUGUUAGUGAAGAAGCAAUGGACAGUCCUUAUUCUGACAUCGAUUCAGUGCCACAAAUCCGCAGAUGCCCCAAAGGUAAUGAUCAAAAUACAAAAAGUUUCAUUUCUGAUCAUCCCUCAAAACAUUUUGUGACCCCAAAUGAUAAAGAGUCAAAGAAAAGCCCUGAAGGUCAGGGAGGCCUUUGGUUCACCAAAUCAGGAAAAGGCCAGACCAGUGGUGUGUUUAGUCGUGCAGGAAUCAAAUCUGUUAAUUGCUCCUUUGGGAAGGUAUCUUGUAAGAUUAAGAUGCCAGAUACACCAAUCAUGAAGUUCAGAGAUGGUCAAGUCACAGGGCCCGAGCACUCAUCUGUAGAAGCAAAGAAAACUAUUGACAGAAGAGUAGCAAGUCUUCCAGCUAGUAGUCGGCUGAUGACCAGAGCACUGAGGGCGAUGGAAGAAGCUGAGUUGCAGAAGAAGCCGACACCCAGCCAAAACCAAGAGCAAGCUUUUCCAGACGAUGAUCAAGGGAGCAACAUAUCUACAUCCAAAUAUACAUCUCACAAAAAGAAAAAAGUGAAAACAGCCUUUUCUCCUGACUUGAAAGUGGAAGCAAGUGAAACGUCCAGUAUUUCUUCAGAUGUCCUCUCUUUGAAAGAUGACGAUUUGGUCAAGUCUGAGGACGAAGCUUAUUUAAUAUCCCCAGAACCUUCUGACCGUAAUUCAAAUUGUAAACAAGAGACUUGUGUGUCAGAUGUUUCAAGCAGUUCAACUCCAUCUCCACUGCUUUUCAAUAUGCAAGAUUUCGAAGACAUGAAAGAAAUAAAUUUCAAGUCACUGGAAAGUGAAAAAAAUGGCAAGUCCACGACAUUACGAACAGAUGCUAACUAUAAAUUUAGCACAUUCCUGAUGUUGCUGAAGGAUGUCCACGAUAGUCGAGAAAAAGAUGGUAAGCCGUUAGUUCUGGAAUCUUUACCCACAAAUGUUCUGAUAAAAGAGGAGCCAUCCCUGAUUUCAGAAGAUCAUUUGAAGAAUGACUCUCAGAAUUGUGAAAAGGAGAAAAAUGUUUUUAAAUCCAAGCAUCAUCACAAAACAAAAUCAAAGUUGGUCCCAAAAAUAGCUAUUAAGAUCCCUCAGAAUGGAGAGACUGACAACUUCGUAUUUCAGGAACAUCAGACCGUUUCUAGUGUACCAAAAUGUGGCCGAAGGCCUAGCAAAAAAAGUCUGAAGUCUGGAGGGCACAGGAAGAACCUUAGUAAUACCGAUGUGCCUUGGGAGCUCCCAAAACAUGCUCGUAGGUUAGAUGACAUACAGACGCCAGGGUGCCAAGUCCCUUCAGAAGACCCCGAGAACAGUUUUUUUGGCAGUGUACCUAAAAAGCGCUGGCAGAAGUUUGACCAGGACAAUGAGCAGGUUCUACCUACAGACAUCAGAUGUGACCAAGAACAAGAACAGCCACAGAUAUUGCCUUCAGAACAGAAAAGUGUCCAAAUACCUGGAACAGAGGAUUCAGAUCUGUCUGCAUCAAGUAAAGUGAUGGAUUACAAUUCAGCAAACGUUGUUCCCAGCAGCAAGGAUGCUUCUAGUUUCCCCACAGACUGCAAGCGAAUCAGAAAGCCUAGCAAAAGACUCAUAGAGUGGACAGAGGAAUAUGACCAGAUAUUUUCCACUAAGAAGAAAGCAAGAAAAAAAACUGAACAGAAGGUUAUACAAAGCAGUUCCAGUGAGAUCAGUGAGAAUUUUUCAGGAAUACAGGAGCAUCAAGAAACAAUAAAAAGUGUUUUAAAUUCGCUGCCCGAAAUUCAGACACCUCCACCUGAAGAGAGGUCUAAGACGCCUCCCCCUGUAGAGAAUCCUCCAUGUCAAGAGGGUCAAGUUGUAUCUGUAGACACACUAACUCCACCUCCAGAAACAAUUCCAUUUCCAUAUGGUGAAAACUGUUUUAAGGACCAGCUUUCAACACAGAAUUGUUCAGCUAGUGGGGAUAGCACCUGCUUAAGCUCUAAAAGGCAAAGGAAACCUACUAAGAAAAUUCUUGAAAGUUCAAUUGAAGCAGAACCGAUUCUAAUGCCAAAAAAGAAGGUGAAGUCUCACAGGCACAAUUCUCCAGGACAUGCUGCUAGUUCAGGGUUUGGACAGUCAAAAAGUAAGAACAAGGAAUCUGCUUUGCUCACUUCUGAAGUGACCUGUGUCGUGGGAGAGACCACAGAGAAGGAGGCAGACAUAAUCCCUGAGAAAGUUAACCCAGAACCAGCUGAAGAUGGCAAAGACAACCUUAAAUCUGAGAUAAUCACCCCCAGUAAUGACUGUUCUCUUAACACUGAGAUAAGAGAAGAAUGUGAUGAAGGACUCUCACCUAAUAAGAAACUCCCAGCAGAGAAGGGAGGUGGAGCUUUACUGAGGGAUAAUGUUUGUCAGGUGUGUGAGAAACAGGGAGAGCUGCUUACAUGUGAAGGCCAGUGCUGUGCUGCAUUCCAUCUGAACUGUGUUGGCCUGGCUGAGUCUCCAAUUGGGAAGUUUUUGUGCCAGCAAUGUAUUUCUGGUAUUCAUGAAUGUUUUGCAUGUAAGAAGCUGGGAGAGGACGUGAGGCGCUGCAUUAUUCCUCUGUGUGGAAAGUUCUACCAUGGGGAGUGUAUUGCUAGCUAUGCGCCUACAGUGCCCUUAAACCGAGGCUUUCGCUGCUCCCUCCAUGCCUGUCUCACCUGCUUCAUCACUAACCCAAGCAACCCUUCUCUCUCAAAAGGCCGACUCACCCGCUGUGUCAGAUGCCCUAUAGCGUACCACGCCACGGAUUACUGUAUACCUGCUGGAAGUGUCAUUUUGGCCAACAACCUCAUCCUCUGUCCCAACCACUUCAUUCCACGCAAGGGUUGUCGUAAUCAUGAACAUGUCAACGUCAGUUGGUGCUUUGUGUGUUCAGAAGGGGGAAGCCUGCUUUGUUGUGAGUCCUGUCCUGCAGCCUUUCAUCGUGAGUGUCUUAAUAUCGACAUGCCAGAGGGCAGCUGGUUCUGCAAUGACUGUCGGGCUGGAAAGAAACCACACUACAAGGAGGUCGUGUGGGUUAAAGUGGGUCGAUAUAGGUGGUGGCCUGCAGAAGUCAGCAAUCCGAAGAACAUUCCAGAAAAUAUCCUUCGCAUGAGGCAUGACGUUGGGGAAUUCCCAGUACUGUUCUUUGGAUCAAAUGAUUAUCUGUGGACUUACCAGGCCCGUGUCUUUCCUUACAUGGAAGGAGAUGCCAACAGUAAAGAGAAAAUGGGAAAGGGGGUCGACUCUGUUUACAAGAAAGCCUUAGAGGAAGCUGCCAAAAGAUUCCAAGAACUGCAGGCAGAGAAGGAACUUCGUCAGCUUCAGGAGGACAGGAGAAAUGACAAGAAACCUCCACCCUACAAACACAUUAAGGCGAACCGACCAAUCGGUAAAGUGCAGAUCAUCACAGCUGACUUGUCCGAAAUCCCCCGCUGCAACUGCAGAGCUACAGAUGAGAGCCCGUGUGGAAUGGACUCAGAGUGCAUCAACCGUAUGCUGCUGUAUGAAUGCAAUCCUCAGGUGUGCCCAGCAGGAGAGAAAUGCCAGAACCAGCGCUUUCUGAAGCGCGAGUACUCCGAGGUGGAGAUUUUCAGAACACUGUCACGAGGUUGGGGCCUACGUGGCUGUCACGACAUCAAAAAGGGGGAUUUUGUAAAUGAAUAUGUUGGAGAAGUGAUCGAUGAGGAAGAAUGCCGAGCUCGGAUCAGGCAAGCUCAGGAGAAUGACAUUGGGAAUUUCUACAUGUUGACACUGGACAAGGACCGCAUUAUUGAUGCAGGACCCAAAGGAAACGAGGCCAGAUUUAUGAACCAUAGUUGCCAGCCCAACUGUGAGACCCAAAAAUGGACAGUGAAUGGAGACACUCGGGUUGGGCUUUUUGCCUUGGUAGACAUUUCCGCUGGUACGGAGUUAACGUUUAACUAUAACCUUGAGUGUCUGGGGAAUGGGAAGACUGUGUGUAAAUGUGGUGCACCCAACUGCAGCGGUUUCCUGGGAGUCAGGCCAAAGAAUAACCCCCCGUCAGAUGAUAAGGGCCGUAAGAAGAGGAAAGGUUACAUGAAACGCAAACAACAGCAGGAAGUGACCAAGGAGAGAGAAGAUGAGUGCUUCAGCUGUGGAGAUGGGGGGCAGAUGGUUUCUUGCAAGAGGCCAGGAUGUCCAAAAGUCUACCAUGCAGACUGCCUCAACCUGACCAAAAGACCUGCAGGGCGUUGGGAGUGUCCUUGGCACCAGUGUGACCUCUGUGGACAAGAAUCAGCCUCCUUCUGCGAGAUGUGCCCCAGCUCUUACUGUGUGGAGCAUCGAGAUGGCAUGCUCUUCAUCUCCAAGCUGGACGGGCGUCUGUCCUGCAGCGAGCACGACCCGUGUGGCCCUGAUCCCCUGGAGCCAGGAGAGAUCCGGGAAUACGCACCAGAGCAAGCCACCACCUACCCCGCCAAAGCCUUCUCCCUGAUCAGAGCAGAUAACAGAGACAACAGUUUACCUGCCCCCACCGGUCAAUCCCCGAACCCCACCUCCUCACCAGUGACAUCCUCUGGUCCUCCUAGUCCUUCACUUGCUUUUAACAUUGCUUUAAACAGCCCAUACUCACCUGUGUCCUCUUACGGAGAGGAAAAGGAAGAGGAUUUGGUGCAGCAGGAGGAAAGUAAAACGGACGAUAUGAAAAUUGCGGAGGAAACUCAUGAAAGAGGAGAUGGGAAUUAUGUGACUGAACUUCAGUUGUCGAUAAGGAAUAGGAGGGAAAGAAGAGGUACGAAAGUUAGCCUACCUCUGUGAAUCUGUUCACUCCAACUCUUUCACUCGACUGUUGUAAGACUUCAGUGUUUCCAUAGUGCAUUUGUUUCACUACAGUACUACAUACAUUGGAUGAAAUUUUAAAAGUUGCUUGAUGGAAGCAAAAGACAGUGGACCCUGCUGGUCUUAAUUUGGCUCACAUAGUUUGUUGAACCUGUUUACAUGUAGUUUUCUUACUGAAAGCUUCAUAGUUUUAGCAUACUGCAAUGGUAUAUAGGUGACAGUACGAAAUAAACAGAUGAUUUUUAGAUAACUAACAAUAUGUCUAGAUCAACAGCUUUAGAAGAAAUCACACAGAAGCAUCAUGAUUCAAAGUAACUCAUGAGAAACACUAUUUUUUCAUAAUAUUGACUAUUAAUUUUUGUUCUGUAACAGACAAUCUUCAACACUAAGAGUUUGAUUUGCACUUAAAAAAACUGUAUCUGUGAAACCCUUAUGGCCUCAUUACCGUAUUAUUUUGGCACUAUAAGGCUCACCAUUUAAUAAGGCGCACUAUCAGUGAAUGUGUUUUAUCUGGUCUAUUUUCAUACAUAAGGCACACGGGAUAAUAAGGUGCAUUUUAAGAGACACUAAGAGAACUUCUAAUUCAGCAGGUCUCACCGCUGGGUGGUGGUGGGAAGCAGCUAAGUUAAGUAAAGCUAAGCUAAGUAAACAAAUCUGUAAUGAAAAAGUCAAACAAGCACUGGAUGCUAAUCUGCAUAGGUUAAGCUAAGGCUGGGGCAUUAGCAUGAGCAGCUAACUGCUAGUGGUUAGUGGCUAAUGCCACCUGACAGUGCUACACUAAAGAACCCGGAGUGCUCUGGUAAGCCAGGGCGAUAUCAGCUAUCGGUUUGUCCCACAAAGCUUGUUUUAACACGGUAAACUCACAGAAUACAGUUCGAUAUACUCCUCUCUGACUGAAGAAAGAGCUCCUGCAGUUAGCAACUAUUGCUAAUGCUGCUCCAGCAGUACUAGCCGGGGUUAGCAGCAGGCUACAGGCCGAUAAUACUCACCUCCGAAGGGCUAAUGAGCUAGCGCGCUUAGCGGGUAAUGCUAAUGCUACUCUAGCAGCUGUAGCCGGGAAUAGCAGCAGGCGAAAACACUUACCUCUGAACGGGAAAAAUAGAGGUUAGUGGCUAAUGCUAUUCCAUUUCUGGUGCUGAAGAACUAAACUGAAACUCCUGUAUAACGCUGUCUGUACUUUAGCGGAGUGAAUUUACUGCUCCUUAAUACCUGACUGGUAGAAUUCAUACAUAAGACGCACUGGAUUAAAAGGCGCACUUCCGAUUUUUGGGAAAAUUAAAGGAUUUUAGGUGCGCUUUUAGUGCAAAAAAUACGGUAUACUUCUUGUGUAGAAUAUGUGAGGUAACUUACUCUAUUUUCAUUUUUAACAGAAGGCACACUGAAUUAUAAGGUGCAUUAAGCUACACUUAUACGAAUGCUGAAGUUAGCAAGGGUGUUGCCAUGUUUUCCUUCUAAUGGGGAAGCUCCUAAGUAAACAAAACUGUAAUUCUUAAAAAAUAGAUAAAUAUUUCAAAGUCAAACGAGUGCUGGAUGUUAAUCCAGACGUUUAUUUGGGUGCUUCUGUAUAUUUAAAGUAAACUUAGAUUUCCAGUAUUUUGCACAAGGGUGAGUUUUCAGUGGCAUUUCUCCAGCACUAAGGCUGGGUGUGGGAUCAUUAGCAUUAGCUGCUAACUGCAGCGCUGAUGGGAUGUAAUGACUAAGAUACCCUGAGUGUUCCGGUAACCCAGGGUUCUAUCAACUAGCUUUUAAUCCCAUGUAUCUUAUUUUAACACAGCAAACACAGACUACAGUCCAAUAUACUUGAAUGGCAAAAGAGCUAACGCUGCGGUUAGCGGCUAAUGCUAGUGCUGCUGCACCCAGCCUUCUUCACUGAAAACCCACACAACACUGCACUUAAGCGGAGUGGCUUUACUGCUCCUUAAUAUCUGACUGGUAAAAUUCAUACAUAAGGUGCACCGGAUUAUAAGGCGCGCUUUUGUUCUUCGGAAAAUUAAAGGAUUUUAAGUGCACCUUAUAGUCUGAAAAAUACGCUACACUUUUACACUUUGCUCACUAUGUCACCUACAUAGUUGCUGGACAAACUCUUUGUAAGUGACAGAACAGCACAAUCACUUGUGCAAGACAGGAUGCCUCCACCUUUUGCUUUCAGGAACAUUUUAACAUACAGGUGUUUAGUCAAUCAAAUGUAACAUUUUAUUGUGCUUUUAUAUAAUGAUUUUUUGUUCCUGAAUGUGGCAUUGGAUAUCCAUGGCUGGCGAGUUUUGAGAUUCUUAGGAAUCUAAGCUGAAAGUAUGUUGAAAUCAUGACUAAGUAGCCUCAAAUAAUGUCUGUUCAUACCUAUUUAACAUCAUCAGUAAUGGACAAAAUUAAGACCUUCAGUGCAGCACUGGCCUUUUGUGUGGCUUUAAGGAUGUGUGUAACAGUACAUAUAUACUGCUCCUACCUUUUCUUUCUUAAUGCCUUGGACUAAAAGCGCACAAAAAGUUUUGAUUUUGAUUUAGUGCCCAUCGGCACUCAAACAAACAAAAAAAAAUAACACUAUUAAUGUUUUUGAUUUUAGCAUCACCUGCUGGUAAGACUUAAAAAAUGCACAGCACCAUUGAUUGCCAUCCAAACUGUGUCCUCACUGAAUCUUCACUGAGUAACGUGUAAUAUACUUUUUCAUAAAUUGGCCUCCAUUUAUCAGUGGGUUGGAGUAAACGACUGAUUGAUUUAUUGUGUAUAUUUGUAUAUUGAAGCUCUAUACAAAAGUCACAUUACAAGCAGUUUCUGCAGCUAGCUCGGUGUUUUGUUGUACAGGUCACUGCAAGAAUUUGAACACUUCAUUUUUUUGAGUGACGCAUCCUCAAACCCUUCAACCCUUAAUUAAUUAAUAGCAUAGUGAAGUUACUACGUUAAAAUGCAAAAAAAGGCAACGGGGUUCAUCAUUACAGCCUGGCAGUGAAACUGUCUCUCUGAUUAGACAGAUCUGUUAUUGGAUUCUCUGUAUGUUUGCUCGCUCUCCUGCAUUUUAACAGAUGGGUCUCUCAAAAAAAAAAAGUUAUGUGGUACAACGUUCCUAAUCAAUCAGCUAGCGUGUUGCACUUACUUGUAGAGCGGUACAUGUUUUUAAUUGUAUUCAUAUGUACAGUGACAGCUUACAUUUUUUUACACUCCUCUGAGAACCUGCCAUCGUACUGCUUUGGUCCGCUUCAUGGUGGUGUAUCAGCUGAAUGAAGAAAAAAAAGAGAAAAUAAAAAAAAUACCUGCUGCCUUGUGAGAGAAUUUAAUUGUGCUGUAGCGCUUUGUACAUAAUAAAAGACAGUACGGAAAUUUCA